CACGUUGGCCCCGUCCUCCUCCUGGUCGUUGGGGUCCACGUCCAGAAGCUCGAUCACGUUGGAGACCAGAUACGGCAGCGUCUUGUUCACCUUUAUCUUCUCCGUGUUUUCCUUGAUUUUAUCCUUCAUAGCUUGCAAUUCGUGGGUCACCCUCAGCACUUCGCUCUUCAUGAUCUUGAUCUCGCUAUCCAGGAGGCGAGUUCGCUGAGCUAUCUCCUCUGUGGACAUUUUUAAGACUUCUUCUCCGAUUCCAUCUUCCACUUCAUCCCAAACUGAUUUGUCACUCAGCGCCAUCUUUGCUGUGUCUGCGGUGAACUGUGACACAGCGGAAGUUGAAGCUUUCUUCUUCCUGUAAUGGCGGACGCGCAGCUCCAGCGUCGAAUUUAAGAAUUGCUCGGCGGUUUGAAAACGAGGGGGCUGGUUCCGAUUCCUGCGUUUGAGUGAAGCGAAUAUUUGCAAGCUGCGGCCGACUUAUCUGCCAAAUUAUAGAGUGGUGAAUGGUGACUUUGUCGUCGCGACCUCCUAAUAUACGUUGAAGUACUUUCGCAAGUCAUCAAAGCCAAGGAGUGGAGAAAGAUGGACCAGAACAACAGCAUGCCGGCCUUCCAGGCCUCCCCGCAGAGCGCCAUGACCCCAGGUUUGCCCAUCUUCAGUCCGAUGAUGCCAUACGGCUCAGGCCUGACACCCCAGCCUGUUCAGAGUACCAACAGUCUGUCUAUACUGGAAGAGCAGCAGAGGCAACAACAGCAACAACAACAGCAGCAGCAGCAACAGGCCCAGCAGGCCAAUUCGGUCCUUCCAGGUACAUCAGGCCAGACCCCUCAGCUUUUUCAUUCCCAGAAUGUUACCGGCACAACCACCACUGCACUGCCUGGCAAUACCCCCCUCUAUAACACCCCACUGACUCCGAUGACCCCCGUCACUCCAGCUACGCCAGCCUCGGAAAGCUCCGGAAUCCUUCCUCAGCUGCAAAACAUUGUGUCUACUGUAAAUUUGGGCUGCAAACUGGACCUGAAGACAAUCGCUCUCAGAGCCAGGAAUGCUGAAUACAAUCCCAAGCGUUUCGCUGCUGUGAUCAUGAGAAUACGAGAACCUAGAACAACAGCACUUAUCUUCAGCUCGGGGAAGAUGGUCUGCACUGGGGCCAAAAGUGAGGAACAGUCGAGGCUAGCAGCAAGAAAAUAUGCCCGUGUUGUACAGAAACUUGGGUUUCCAGCCAAGUUUUUAGAUUUUAAGAUUCAGAACAUGGUGGGCAGCUGUGAUGUCAAGUUUCCCAUCCGCCUUGAGGGUCUUGUGCUCACACAUCAACAGUUUAGCAGUUACGAGCCUGAGCUGUUUCCAGGACUCAUUUACAGAAUGAUCAAACCCAGGAUUGUGCUGCUCAUCUUCGUCUCUGGGAAGGUCGUACUUACAGGUGCCAAGGUGAGAGGAGAAAUCUACGAAGCUUUUGAAAACAUUUAUCCAAUCCUGAAAGGUUUCCGGAAGACGACGUAGAACCUGCGACCCCCAACUGUGCUUCUUUUUUGAUGACACUUUUUAUUGAACCAUGUGGAGUGCUUGAAAGCUGCGGUUUCAACAUGUGUUUUCAACAUUUAAAGUACUGUUGCGGUUCUCAGAACCCCCGAAACCGACAUGGCUUUUCAUCACCUUCAUUGCUGUACAUACAAUUGUAAAAAAAACCUUUUACUUUUGAUUUUAAAUAGAAUUGUAUUUUACAUUUUAUUAAUUCCUGUUCCAGUGGUGAGUUCACGCUGACAUCAUAGUUCUAACAGUCCUCAAGGUUCAUCUUUUCCCAGCUCUCUUAGUGUUUCAGUUGAAAUGUAAUCAGUCCAUUACGGAACAUUUCACAUUAUUCAUAUUUUAUAUUGUAUAGGUUUAUGUUGAAUAUGAAAGUUGUAUUUUUGUUGCUUACGUUGUAAGCCUGUGUCCGAGGUUUACAACUUCUGACUUGACUUUUAGGUUAACAUUUUUAAUCUGCCCAUGCUUCCAUCAUCGGAUAGGUUGGAACGUUUACACUGUUCUGAUCAUAAUUUUAUUUUUCUGUGGUUGUAAAUCACAUGACACUGUUAACUGUACAUGACACUGAUGAGUCUGUUCACCAAUGUUCUUGUUCAAGUUGCUAAUACAGAUCUAAAACAACACAUUUGCAUGCAUGCUGUUGGCACCAAAUGUGGGUUUGAACCUUCAUCAUGAGCACAGUUGCUUUGCAUCGAGUGAAAUUUUGAAGCAAAGGGAAUCAAACUGAGUGCAAGCUUCAUGCAGUCGGUUAUUUUUUAAUCAGGUUGCAUCAUCACAGUUGAGCUGUGUAACAUAUGAGAGAUCAAGAUCUGCAGCCAGUUCAGGAUGAGGAUGUAGUGAAGUGCACUGUGUUGCCUCGCUGGAUCCCCAUGACAACAAUGUGCUGACCAGUCAUAUGUCUAAGUUUGACCAAAGAAACGGACGAUAUUGUGUGAAGGAACAUCGCUGUGAUGAUGGUGGGCUGCAGGCAGUGGCUGAGCUCAAGCAGUUGAACGGAGAAGCUGCUGGACACAUUUGAUGCUGUCCCCUUGACUUUUGCAAGGACCCCCUGCUGUGGGGAGAAGGCUUUUUUUGCUCUGGAAACAUCUCAAUAUCUGAGUGAUAUGGCAUUCAACAGUCGUUCAUAGUAGACAUUGCCAUGGUGACCGAAGUUCAAAUAAAAC